GAGUCUCUUCUCAAAGGCUGUUUCACAGUGAAAAUAUGCUCAGUGCAGCCGAGUGCAUGAAUGAAAAAGCCUCCGGUACCUUCUAGUCUGGCAAAAUGCAGCACAAAACUCAACUUACUCUGUCCUUUCUACUGUCCCAGGUUCUGCUGCUUACGUUUGCAGAAGAUUUAGAAUGUGUCCCUGGAUUCCAGCAAAAGGUUUUUCAUAUUGAACAGCCAUCUGAAUUCACAGAGGAUCAACCAAUUCUGAACUUGGCGUUUGAUGACUGCAAGGGAAAUGACAAAUUGAACUUCGAAGUUUCUAACCCAGACUUCAAGGUGGAACCUGAUGGGUCUUUAGUGGCUCGGAAAAAUGUAACAGAAGCUGGUCGAGCAUUGUUCAUCCACGCACGGUCUUCUCAGACUGAAGAUAUGGCAGAAAUUGUGAUUCUUGGAGGGAAGGAGAAGCACGGCUCUUUAAAGGAAAUCUUUAAAAUUGAAGGCAACCUUGGAAUUCUAAGGCAAAAGAGAGCUAUUUUGCUGUCUCCAAUAUUAAUUCCAGAAAAUCAGAGGCCACCAUUCCCCAGGGUUGUUGGCAAGGUUAUCAACAGUGAUAGACCGGAGGGAUCAAAGUUUCGAAUCUCUGGGAAGGGAGUUGAUCAAGACCCAAAAGGAGCUUUCAAAAUUAAUGAGAACACUGGGGAAGUCUCAGUGACACGGGGCCUUGAUAGAGAAGCAAUUGCCAAUUACGAACUGCAAGUUGAGAUCAUUGAUGCAACCGGCAAAAGUAUCGAAACCCCUGUCCCUCUGGAUAUCAUAAUCAUCGAUCAGAAUGACAACAGGCCCAUCUUCAGGGAAGGACCGUACAUUGGACAUGUCAUGGAAGGAUCACCUACAGAUCCAGCACACUCUGUGUUUGUUUUGCAGAGGAGUCCUUCUGGAUGUUGGAAUACAUUUGUUAAUCUAAUGUAGACGUGGGGCACCUGAGGUUGUCUCUGAAUGCAGCAGAGUUGUUUCUCCUUCCCAAUUUGCUGAUGCAGCGCUAUCUGCUGGCUUUCGAAUUCAAGGGAGUAGUACGCGGUUUCCAAAGAACGCCAUGAUUUAUCCAGUCCUGCUAUGGUGUUGCAUAAAAAUUAUACUUAAAAAAAAUGACAUGCCUGUCUUUAUCAGUACUUUAUAUAUCAUUUUCUUUUCAGUGGGCAAGCCUUUGUGCUGUCAUUUUCCUUUUCCUCUUAUUUAACUUUUGGGGGUAGGUUAGCCAGUGAAGGGAAUGGAAAUUGAAAUCUCUAACUAAACAUAUAUGACAGAUCCCCCACUUCACUUGCAAAUGGCCAUCGUUUUUUUUUUUAAAUAUGCUGCACAGCUUGUAGUUAAUAGAAGCUCAAAAAGAUAAUGAGUUCUCUAUUGCAGAACAGAUGUAUACCGCUCCUUUUAUCAUACGGAAUAGAUUUGCAGGAGAACAAAUUGCAGUAAGCUUUGAAAAUUUGCAGCUAUCCUGUCAUCGCCUUGCUGUCUGUUAUUACAUGAAAAAGGGCACUGUGGUAACUGAAAAGUCAGUUAGAAAGCAAUUAAGUAAAAGUUAAGAAGAUAUCAACUUAAACGUACGAAGGAAAAAGACUAUUUUGGUUGUAGUGUUUGUAAAAAAAAAAAAAAAAAAGUGAGAAGAAUUGAGAAAAAUGCAAGCAAACUACAGAAAGUGAUGUCACUAUAUGUGGCUGGCAGUACCCGUAGGAACAUGUUAAAAGAAGGCUAAUUCAGAGAAUUAGACAGGCACCAAGUGUUAUAUCUGUUGUCUCAUUGUAGGAGAGGAAAUGUACUAAAACCUGGUAAUCUCAAUUUGCAGCCAUUCUUUCAAACCAGAGUUGAGGUGUUUCCAUCCUGCGAGAUCGCUACAUGCGGUUCAGAGGUGGCAUCUGGAGUCAGAUCCAGAUCUGAAACUUUUCUGAAGUUUGGGAGGUUAGGAAUAUGCUGUUUUGAUUAAGGUUUCCAGUUUGAACCCACCUCUGCUACUAACAAGAGACAGUGGGGCUAAUCAUAGAGUCGUAGAAACUUAGGGUUGGAAGGGACCUCGGGAGGUCAUACAGUCCAAGCCGCUGCUCAAUGUCACACUCAAGGUUUAAGUGAUGGAUCUCCUCUGACUUGUGCCAUUUAAUAGAAAGAAACAAAGAAUUUGCACCUGUUCCAUGUCAUGAACUAGGCUGGCUGGAGAACCCUCGAGGAAUUCUUAAAAACACACUACAGGUUUCCCUUGCUUUAUGUUGUCCUGGAAAACGGCGCAUAAAUCAAAUUCGCAUAAAGGGAACCCACUUUACAAUGUAACCAAUAGAGGUACGUUCCAAGACAUUGACUGUACCGACGCAUUUCUACCACUUUUACAAGACAAUUCGGGUACUCACCAACAGCAGACAGUACACACAAGCACAGGGCACUAUCAUAAUGGGGAUGGCAACUACAGAAACACGUGUCACAGACAACGAGUAAGGAGUACAGAUCCACACAGGAGACUGUUUUUUGGUGCUUGUCACUCCCACAGUGCACCACAUAAAGCAGCUGACCGCGGGUUUCCACCACACCAAUCGCGUAAGAGUGAAUUUACCUUGUAUAUAACAAAUUUGUGGUAUAAAAAGGGUCAUGGCAUAAGAGCAAAGUCGCACAUGCAGAACCCACAUAAAGGGAGAGAAACCUGUACUCGGCCCUAUUGAGCGCAUCUACAUGUGGUGCUACAUUGCCGUAGCAAUGCAGUAUGGUGACAUAGCAUCUACGGGUGUCUACACGUGACCAGCAGCUACUUCACUCUAGCGGCGCAUUUGCCCAUUAUAGGCGAAGUAGCUGCUAACAAUAACCAUGCGCCACACGUACGGUGCAGUACAGGCAGUUACUGCACUGUGCUUUAGUACUUCCAAAAGGAAGUACUAAAGUACGGUGCAGUAACAACACUGCUGUAGGGCAACGUAUAAACAUGCCCAUUAUCACCGAAAGUGGGGGGAAAGUUAAAAACACCAAACCGUAUCUAGCUCUCCCCCCCCCCCUUUUUUUUUUGAUUGCUAGAUUUUGUUUCAAAUUGCCCAAAACUGUCCAGAGGUCACAAAGGACAUCUGCAACAGAGCCAGAAGCAGAGCUUCAGCAGUGACUUAUGCUGACCAAUUCAACCACUAGACAUUUCCUCUCUUUUAUGGCCAAGACAUCCAUUUAUUUUCUAGUUCUCCAUAUCUUAGUAGCCUGAUUACUGUUUCCAAAACUGUAGUGCCUCUAUUUAUGUAAUCUAAAUGACAGCUGAUUUGCAGAAGACUCCUCUAUUCCAUGGUUGCACAGCUACAGAAAACUAACAGUUGCAUUUCUAUAGAGACAGCGUAGCACAGAGGUUGCAUGUAAAGCAUGAAAGCUGGGGAGGGAAAGUAUUUUUCCUGUGUCUGGCCAGGUGUUUCGUUGUACAUAAUGGAGGGCAUGUGCUAUAAUAUGGACCUUCCUAUCGCUAAUCUAAAGAUGUAGUUUGCAGACCCUUCCUUGCCUACCCUGAUGUUUGCUGAUUUCCCACAUUGUUGACUCUCUUCCCUUUUUUGGACACAACCACUUUUGGCUCAGCCAACAAGUAGGAUUUUCCAUGAAUACCGUUCUCCCUUCCUACAACAUGCGCACAAGUAACCAUGUAUUAUCUGUGGUCUACAUAAGAGAAUUCCCCACAUCGCUUGCUGUUGGGCAGAAGGCUGGCCAUAAUCUUGCUUAUAGACUAGAACAGGGCUCAUGCCAGGUUACUCCAAUGAUUUGUGUGUCCCUACUUAUGACUGGGGCUGGGCUUGAAGGUAGUUUGAAAGCAAUAUAUCUGAUAAAGUGCCCUUAUCUCACAAUAAAUCAUCAUGCAGCUCUGCUAUGGGUGGAUUGUUCAGUACCUUUCCUUCCUAAGCUGUGUAAAUCAAAAUAAAAACACAGCUGCUAGGUCCAGUGCUUUGGUGUGCAGAGCAGGGAGUUUGGGUUCUAAAUUAGUUGUUAAUUUGGAGUCGAAAAGAAAUCCAGAAGCAGUCGGGUAUAACUAUUUCUUGAUUACUUAAUGUUUUGGCAUGAAAUUGGGGAUAGGGCAGAAUUAGACUAGGAAAAUGAAGACAAAUCAAGACAUCAUACAGACCAAUGAGAAAUACCUGUAAAGACAAGCUUAUGUCACAGCCCUUCAAAUUCAAGGCUGACUCUUCCCAGGUAUAUUUUUGUUUUAAUGGCAGCAUUGAUACCUAUCACAUUCAAAUCAUUUCGGAGUAUGUUUUAUUUUUAAUCUUACAAUGGUAAUUUUCCACGGUCUGUUAGGAGGCAUGGUUUGAAAUGGUGAAAUUACUGCUGAAGUAUUUCAAUUUUACUGUAACAACAUUCUUCCCAAGUUGUGCAUUUAAUGUACCUUCAAUGAGUGUGGUCAAACA